AGAGGAAGUUCACCAUACAUUUUUUCUUCUGGGCCUCACCAUCUGAGGCCAGAAGAAAAAAAUAUCCGAGCACUAAAAGGUUCUUGUCUGACACACGCCACUUCACUUUGUCUUUCGCCACCAGAGCAGCAAAUCGGCGCCAAAGAAUACCAUGAACCGCGCACUGGAGACAGUUUUCUUGGACUUUUCCCGUCAUGCUACGGCCCGCAGCUACUAUUCCUAUCCGGAGGGCUCCCGCAAGUCGAACUUCGUGUUUCGCGUCACCUACGAAGGCCAGGAUCCGAUAGAAGACGGUCGUGUGAUCCUUUUCUUCGCCCCUAGUCCGGAACCGGAGCCGCGCUUCGAAGCCUUCGACCUGGAAGCCCCUCGCCCGAUCUUCGCAAAGGAUAUCAGAAAUGUGCAACCUGGCGAUGUGAUAGAAUUUGAAAGCACCGAGUACUCGACGCCGGAGGCUCUGGGCUUCGUACCGCAGAACCUCGACGUGUUCUCCAACGAACUCUUCGUCCAAGCAUUAAUUCACCACGAUGUGAACGACCCGGAUGCGAAUUCUAGGGUGGGCAACACUUAUAGCAAGCCCGUGGAAGUUCGGUUUGACGACGACGAAGCUGACAAUGUUGUCAAGAUUGUGGCGGACCAAAUUGUGGAGGAGACAAUGGAUUUAACUCCGACCGAGUGGGUGGAGCAUAUCUCGAUGAAGAGCGAGUUGUUGAGCGACUACCACAACCAAGACGUCUACAUGAUGGCGUCGAUCGUGCUACCGAAGGACUACGAGACUUUGAAGGACUCACAGCACUUCCCGACGGUAUACUAUAUUGAAGGGUUCACUGGCACCGAGUCGUAUGCGAAGCGUGCCAAGGGCUUUUUGUCGUCUGAGAUGGGACAGGAUUGGCAGGCUGGUCGGUGGCCGACUCCAAUGCUAAGAGUUACGCUGGGAUCGCGCUUCAAGUUUGGUCACACCUCGUUCGCUGAUACAGAUGCAAACGGUCCGUGGGGUACAGCACUAGUGGCUGAAUUUAUCCCGUAUCUGGAAAGUUUGUAUCCCGCGAUUCCUUCAGCUGCUGGUCGUUUCCUGCACGGUCAUUCUUCUGGUGGUUGGUCGACACUAUGGCUACAAUUACAGUUCCCUGACUUCUUUGGUGGUACAUGGAGCUCUGCACCUGAUCCUGUCGACUUCUCGAGAUUCCAAGUUAUGAAUAUUUACGAGGCCGAGAACGCGUAUUGGGACUCUAAUGGGCACCCGUAUCCAACCAGCCGAAACAAUGGACUCACUACAUGCAGCAACCGGGAUGAGAAUUUGGUGGAGCGUGUGUAUGGCCGCGGCAACGGUGGGCAAUGGGAUGCCUUUGUAAGUUCAAGAGCAUUGGUUCAUUUGCUUGUAAUGGUGCUAACGUUCUUGUUGUAGUGUGCUUUAUUCAGUCCACGCGGAGCUGACGGAAUGCCGAUCCCGCUGUUCGACAAGGUAUCCGGUGACAUCAACCGGGACGUUGCGGAGUACUGGGAACGCUUUGAUAUCUGCAAGUUCAUUCGGAAACAGCCCGGGCUGUUGACCACAGAACUGCGUGGUAAGGUUCACGUUAUCUGCGGCAUUGAAGACACGUACUACCUCGACUUCGCAUGCCGGUCGCUACAGAAGUUGGUUGGGAGCAGCAAAGCCAACGCUGAAGAUGGCUCUGCUGUGCCCAACUACGUGGCGAUGGUACCUGGAGAUCACACCAGCAUUCGGUCGCGUGCGCAUUAUCUCCAAGUGUACUCGGAGAUUGCUGCUGUGUACAAAAGCAAUGCUAACGCUUAAAAGUGGAUGGGUACUUAGACUGAUGGAUUAAAAGCAAUAAACGAUGUCAAGAUACUUCACCAUGCUGUCUCUUCUUGUCCAAAUAAUGCUUGGUCUGGCUCCUCAACCCCCAAAGAAUGCUUAUGGCC